AAAAUAAAACCCCCAAGCCUUCCCGCUUUCUGCAUCGUCCCCUAAAUUACACACACCUCACGCACUAAACCCAAAACAAUCAGUCUCUACUCAUGGAUUCUCAAGAGAAUUUAAAUACACAACCGGAGAUCGACGCCGUCACCGCCGCCGUGGUAGAAGAUGACACGGAGGAGGAGGCAAUGGUGGGACCCGCUCCGCCUCAAGUCCGCCGCAAGCGUCCUCUCCAGUUCGAGCAAGCUUACCUCGAUUCUCUCCCCUCCGCUAACAUGUAUGAGAAGAGUUACAUGCAUCGGGAUGUGGUCACGCAUGUUGCAGUAUCCGCAGCAGAUUUUUUUAUAACUGGGAGUCUUGAUGGACACUUAAAAUUUUGGAAGAAAAAAGGAGUUGGUAUUGAGUUUGCAAAGCAUUUCAGAUCCCACUUGGGCCCUAUUGAAGGCUUGGCUGUCAGUGUCGAUGGGUUACUUUGCUGCACCAUUUCAAAUGAUCACUCUGUGAAAAUAUACGACGUGGUCAAUUAUGACAUGAUGGUUAUGCUGCGGCUUCCAUACAUACCUGGUGCUGUUGAAUGGGUUUACAAACAAGGGGAUGUUAAAGCUAAGCUUGCAGUCAGUGAUCGCAACUCCCCAUCAGUGCAUAUUUAUGAUGCUAGGGAUGGUUCAAGUGAAGCAAUUAUCUCGAAAGAGAUACACUUGGGACCAGUAAAAGUUAUGAAAUACAACCAAGUACUUGAUUCUAUGAUCUCCGCAGAUGAUAAGGGUAUUAUUGAGUACUGGAACCCUGCCACACUAAAGUUCCCUGAGAAUGAGGUGAAGUUCAAAUUCAAAAGUGAUACUGACCUCUUUGAAAUUGUGAAAUGUAAAACAACUGUGUCUUCAAUUGAGGUAAGUCCAGAUGGUAAGCAGUUUUGCAUCACAUCACCAGAUCGCAGAAUUCGUGUAUUUUGGUUUAGAACAGGCAAACUAAGGCGUGUUUAUGACGAGUCCUUGGAGGUCGCCCAAGAUCUACAGAGAAGUGAUGCACCUUUAUACCGUCUUGAAGCCAUUGAUUUUGGACGAAGGAUGGCUGUUGAGAAGGAAUUCGAAAAAACAGAAAGUGCUCCACAGCCAAAUGCACUAUUUGAUGAAAGUUCGAACUUUCUUAUAUACGCGACCCUCCUUGGCAUUAAAGUUGUAAACUUGCAUACAAAUAAAGUUUCCCGAAUUCUUGGGAAGGUGGAGAACAAUGAUAGAUUUUUGAGGAUUGCCUUGUAUCAAGGUGAUCGGAGCAGUAAAAGAGUACGGAAAAUUCCUGCUGCUGCUGUGAAUGCAAAUGAAAGCAAAGAACCUCUCACUGAUCCUACACUGUUAUGUUGCGCUUUCAAGAAACACCGCAUAUAUUUGUUUAGCCAGAGAGAACCAGAGGAGCCUGAAGAUGCAACGAAAGGCAGAGAUGUCUUUAAUGAAAAGCCUCCUGCUGAUGAACUUCUUGCUGUGUCUGAUAUUGGAAAAUCUUCAACAACAUCACUUCCAGACAAUGUGAUUAUGCACACUACAAUGGGUGACGUUCACAUGAAAUUAUACCCAGAAGAAUGUCCAAAAACCGUGGAGAAUUUUACAACCCACUGCAGAAAUGGAUAUUAUGACAGUUUGAUUUUUCAUCGGGUCAUCAGAGGGUUUAUGGUACAGACCGGAGACCCGUUGGGAGAUGGUACCGGUGGACAAUCUAUAUGGGGAAGGGAGUUUGAGGAUGAGUUUCACAAAAGUUUACGGCACGAUAGGCCUUUCACAGUCUCGAUGGCAAAUGCUGGACCAAAUACUAAUGGCUCGCAAUUCUUUAUCACUACUGUCGCCACGCCCUGGCUGGACAAUAAGCAUACAGUUUUUGGUAGAGUUGUGAAGGGGAUGGAUGUGGUACAGGAUAUUGAAAGAGCUAAGGUAGACAAGCAAGACAAACCGUAUGAUGACAUAAAAAUCCUAAAUGUGACUGUUCCCAAGUAGUAGGGGCUAUCAAGUGACCUGUCCAGUGUACUGGUGAUAAUAACUUGCACCUUAUCAGGGCUUUCCUUGCAGGGUUUUGAUGUUGGCCACAUUUCCUUGCUUUGCUGCUUUGAUGUCGGGCUAUGUGCUCUAAUGUUAGACAUGAAUUAUUGAGGUUCUCUUAAGCAUUAAGUUUACAAUCUGUUUUUGUAGCAAUGCUUAGUAGUUUUUUCUGUUUAAACUUGUGCACCAAAACGAUCAUAAACGCAAUAGGAACUGUAUUUUACUGAUUAAAUUCUGAUACUAUUUCAAGUGGUUCAGAAUUAUCCUGACAACACUUUCAAAACAAGGUGUCGUUUCAUCUGCUCUUAUAGUUUCUUUCAAAAAUAAAAGCACAGAGGUUUACUUACC